AUGAAAACUUUGACCAAAGUCCUGCUCGCAAGUGUUGCUGUGGCUCUGCUCGCAGCCAAGUGGAACGCGCCGACGUUCAAUGCAGAAUCUCUCCAAGGUGCCAGGGUCUUGCUGACCGGGGCUAGCACUGGUAUUGGUGAACAAAUGGCCUAUCACUACGCCAAAUUCGGUGCCCAGAUCGUCAUUACAGCAAGGAGGGAACAGGUCUUACAGCAGGUCGCAGAAAAGUGCCUGAGCUUGGGAGCUCAGAAGGCUUUGUACAUAGCAGCAGACAUGGGCGUUGACUCAGACCCCAAUAUGGUGGUAGAUUUUGCUCUGGACCAGCUUGGAGGUCUGGACUACCUAGUUCUCAACCACAUUGGAUCAAGCCCCUUCAGCAUGUGGGAAGGAGAUAUACAGCACCUUGGAUGGCUGAUGAAGGUGAACUUCUUGAGUUACAGUCAGAUGGCGUGGAAAGCUCUUCCCUCCCUUGAGGAAAGUAAAGGCUCCAUUGUGGUUGUUUCGUCUAUUUUAGGUAAAAUGACCAGUCCCUUCGUGGUGCCGUACACAUCAACCAAAUUUGCCUUGAAUGGUUUCUUUGGAGCUCUUUCUCAUGAGCUGGCCAUGAAGAACAGCAGUGUAAUGAUCACGAUAUGUACAUUGGGCCUCAUUGAUACUGAGUCAGCCAUGGAAAAAGUCAAGGAUGUCAGUAAUGUACCAGCCUACCCUGCCAGUGAAGCAGCAUUAAAUAUCAUAAAAACUGGAGCCACUAAACAGCGAGAGCUCUUCUACCCAUGGUACACCUACAUCGUAACCCUUGUUAGAGACUUCUUCCCCGCUACCAGGGACUACAUGGUACAAAAAUCCUACAACUACAGCCCAUGA